AUGUUCUGGAAGAGCUUCUCCCUCUCUCCUCCCAUCGAAUCGGAACUUUAUCAGCCUGAUAUUCUGCAGCGCCAGAGGACAGCUACUCCCGCGGGGAGAAAGAAGAGUUCGCGCUUGAGCCGUCACGAAAUACAGUCAGCCAGAUCACUCCACCUCGUUCAAAUCAGAUCAUACCAAAAGGAAGUAGCAGAAGAGGAGGAAAGAAAGAAAAACAUAUCUGAGAAUCGUCUUCGAGCAAGAGAACUUCUGGAGAGCCACCGAAAACAUCGAGUUUAUGCUGAGCUUAUUUCAUCCCGAGUGAACCGGAGAUACGUUCGAGAGGAAAAAAACAACAACGAUUCCGAAGCGGAUGAAGUCCAAAAACUCGACUUCUUCAAAUCGAAGACGUUUCACUAA